AUGUACGCCGUUGAGCAGGAUAGGGCCCAUCCGGUGCCGCCACCUCCGCCUCCUCUCUCGAUGGACCGCAUCUCCGCCCCUUCUGCCGCCUAUCCCACCCCAGGAUCGGGUCCUCUUCGGUCUUCCGACCACCUGGCGCCAAUCUCCACCAUUCACGAGGGCCGCAUCUGGUCUUUGCAGGUCGUUCAACAGCCCAUUCGCGCUCGCAUGUGCGGGUUCGGUGAUAAGGAUCGAAGACCAAUUACCCCGCCUCCGUGUAUUCGACUCAUUGUACGAGAUGCACACACCGAAAAGGAGAUCGAUAUCAAUGAGAUUGAUACCUCGUUUUACGUGCUCACGGUUGACCUAUGGAACGCCGAUGGCACCAAUGAAGUCAACCUCGUGAAGCACUCCGCCACCUCGCCCUCCAUCUCCACCGCCAUGUCCUCCUCUUAUCCGCCCCCACCCCAGAGCAUGUCUCCCACCUACCCGGCCUAUGGCCAAAGUCCGUACGGGCAGCAGGUUCCCUACCCGAACAUGAACAACUACUAUGGCCAACAGCCGAUGGCCUAUCAAAACCCAUACGGCCAGGUAGGAUAUUCUCAGUACGGUUACGGAGGCGGUCAAAUGCCUGCCGCCAUGUCACCCGCUCAACCCGUCUCGGGCGGCCCGGGAGGAAUGUUCACACGCAACCUGAUCGGCAGCCUUAGUGCCAGUGCCUUCCGCCUGACGGAUCCCGACAACAAGAUUGGGGUUUGGUUCAUCUUGCAGGAUUUGAGUGUACGAACUGAGGGCACCUUCCGACUCAAGAUGAGCUUCGUCAACGUGGGUGCACCAUCCAAUGAGACCAGCAACCCUGCCCCUGUGAUCAACCACGGAUCAGCACCCGUUCUGGCCUCAGUCUUCAGUGAACCCUUCCAGGUCUUCUCGGCCAAGAAGUUCCCCGGUGUGAUCGAGAGCACGCAGCUGAGCAAAUGCUUCGCGCUGCAGGGCAUCAAGAUUCCGAUCCGCAAAGACGGCGUAAAAGGCCCACGCGGUCGUGGCGGCGAUGGCGAUGACGACGACGGCGAUGACUAUUAA